CCGUGGCCCCGCCCACCGCAGACUACCGUGUUUGCCUUCCUCGCACUUUAUUUUUCUCGUGUGUUGUGGCGCGCCGCGCGCACGUGGUUCGAGAAACGCGCUGCUGAUCUUCGGCCAGAGGAUCUGGACAGAGUCCUGCUUUACAUCACUCAUACAGUGUCAUGGCCGAACGGGUGCUGGUGAUUGGCAGCGGUGGACGUGAACAUGCACUGGCAUGGAAGCUGGCGCAGUCACCUCAUGUCCAGAACGUCCUGGUGGCACCUGGGAACGCUGGAACUGCUGAAUGUGGGAAGAUCUCGAACUCCGCUGUGUCUGUGAGUAAUCACUCAAUUCUGGCUCGGUAUUGUAAAGAUCAUAAUGUGAGUCUGGUGGUUGUGGGUCCUGAAGUUCCUUUAGCUGCAGGUAUCGUGGAUGAUCUGACGGCGGCCGGUGUGCCAUGUUUCGGUCCGUCUGCGAAAGCGGCCCAACUGGAAGCCAGUAAAAGUUUCUCCAAGUCUUUCAUGGAUCGUCACGGCAUUCCUACAGCACGCUGGAGCUCCUUCACAGAUCCACAGGACGCCUGCAGAUUCAUCCAAGAAGCAGAUUUCCCAGCUCUGGUGGUGAAGGCCAGCGGUUUGGCUGCGGGGAAGGGUGUCGUAGUCGCUCGAGAUACAGAAGAGGCCUGUCGUGCUGUUCUGGACAUCAUGAAGGAUAAAGCGUUUGGUUCUGCGGGUGAGACUGUAGUGGUGGAGGAGCUGUUGGAGGGAGAAGAAGUGUCUUGUCUGUGUUUCACUGAUGGCUUCACCGUUUCACCGAUGCCACCCGCUCAAGAUCACAAGCGUCUGAUGGAUGGAGAUCAGGGACCAAAUACAGGCGGUAUGGGAGCUUAUUGUCCCACACCACAGGUCUCGGAGGAAAUGCUUGAAGAAAUCAAGAGAACGGUUCUUCAGAAAACAGUUGAUGGUAUGAGGGAGGACGGGACGCCGUAUGUUGGUGUGCUGUAUGCUGGAUUGAUGUUAACUAAACAUGGACUAAAAGUUUUAGAGUAUAACUGUCGGUUUGGUGACCCCGAGUGUCAAGUUCUGAUGCCGUUGUUAAAGAGUGAUUUAUAUGAAGUGUUGAAGAACACAUUGGAGUCAAACCUGAGUUCAGUUUCAGUCGAAUGGUUACAGGAAAGUUCAGCUGUGACUGUGGUGAUGGCCAGCGGUGGAUAUCCUGAUAACUAUAAGAAGGGUCUGGAGAUCAGCGGUUUGUCUCAAGUGUCUGAGAUGGGCGUUCAGGUGUUUCACGCAGGCACCGCCCUUAAGGAAGGGGGCGGGGUUAUCACAAGCGGUGGGCGUGUUUUGACCGUGACAGCUGUCCGGCCCACACUCGAGAGCGCCUUACGAAGCGCUAAUGUAGGUGUGGCAGCGAUCGGCUUUCCUGACGCUGUGUACCGCAGAGACAUCGGUCACCGUGCCAUCGCUUACCUCACUCGCACCAGAGGUUUGACUUAUAAAGACAGCGGAGUGAACAUCAGUGCUGGAAACACACUUGUGGAUCUGAUCAAACCUCUGGCCAAAGCAACAUCUCGAGCAGGUUGUAACGCUGAGCUCGGAGGGUUUGCAGGACUCUUUGAUCUGAAAGCAGCCGGUUUCAUUGAUCCCAUCCUGGUGUCUGGGACUGAUGGAGUGGGCACCAAACUCAAGAUUGCACAAGCGUGCAACAUCCACAACACUUUGGGUCAGGAUCUGGUGGCCAUGUGUGUGAAUGAUGUUCUGGCCCAGGGAGCAGAACCUCUCUUCUUCCUCGAUUACUUCUCCUGUGGACGUCUGGAUGUGGAGGUGGCAUCUUCUGUCAUUGCUGGUAUCGCAGAAGCCUGUCAGAUGGCCGGAUGUGCUUUAAUAGGUGGUGAGACAGCAGAGAUGCCGGGUGUAUACGCUCCAGGAGAAUAUGAUCUGGCAGGCUUCUGUGUUGGAGCUGUUGAGCGAGGAGCUCUUCUGCCCAGAGUGAAGGACAUCAUGGAAGGAGAUCUUCUCAUCGGUGUGGCCUCAUCAGGCCUUCACAGUAACGGCUUCAGUCUGGUACGGAAAGUUCUGGAACGAUCCGGCCUCCAGUACAGCUCGUCUGCUCCGUUUGGACAACCGGGACAAAACAUCGGUGACGUAUUGCUAACGCCAACAAAGAUCUACAGUCGUCUGCUUCAGCCAAUCCUGCGCAGUGGAGCGGUUAAAGCCUACGCCCACAUCACCGGUGGAGGACUUCUGGAGAACAUUCCUCGGGUUCUUCCUCCAGAACUGAUGGUGGAUCUGGAUGCAACUCGCUGGCGUAUUCCGGCCGUGUUCUCGUGGCUUCAGAGAGAAGGUGGUCUGUCCGAAGAGGAGAUGAGCCGAACUUUUAACUGUGGCCUCGGGGCCGUACUGGUGGUCAGUAAACAGGACGCUCAGAGGGUCCUGAGACUCGUACAGGCCAAGGAGGAGGCGUGGAUCGUUGGCUCGCUCACUCAUAAACAGACGGGAUCAGAAGCUGUGGUUAUCAGAAACCUGGAUCAGAGUUUAAAGGAAAGUCACGGUCGCUCUCCAGACACCAGCAGUCUGCAGAACGGAGCACAUCAUGGUGACCACAGCACACAGAAGAGAACCAAAGUAGCGGUUCUUAUCUCUGGAACUGGAACAAAUCUCCAAGCCCUGAUGAUGCAGGCAAAGAAACCGUCCAGUUCAGCUGAGAUAGUGGUCGUCAUCUCCAACAGACCGGGUGUGAUGGGACUGAAAAGAGCUUCUAUGGCUGGGAUUCAGACGCGGGUUGUGGAUCAUAAGCUGUAUGGCAGCCGGGCAGAGUUUGAUAGCACUAUAGAUAAAGUUCUGGAGGAGUUUGGUGUUGAACUGGUUUGUCUGGCUGGAUUCAUGAGAAUCCUCACUGGAUCUUUCGUCAGGAAGUGGAACGGAAAGAUGUUGAACAUUCAUCCAUCACUGCUGCCGUCUUUUAAAGGUGUCAACGCUCAAAAGCAGGCGCUCCAGGCUGGGGUUCGGGUCACGGGAUGUACUGUGCACUUUGUGGCCGAGGAAGUGGACGCAGGAGCGAUCGUCGUACAGGAGGCGGUUCCUAUCUUGGUGAAUGACACAGAAGAGAGCCUAUCAGAGCGAAUUCGUGAGGCGGAGCAUCAUGCCUUCCCAGCGGCUUUAGAACUCGUGGCCAGGGGUGCGGUGAAGCUCCGAGAUGAUGGACGGAUCACGUGGAAUCGGUCUGUUCAGUGAUAACACGUUACUGUCAUUCAUUUCAGCUAUGACUAUAAGAUUAAAACACUAUGCCGUCAUGUGAUUAUAAAAAUAUAACAUUAUAUAAUCUAGUCAUGUGAUUAGUUUGAUUCAGACAUUCCACAUUUAUCUUCUCAUGCAGGCUGUUACAGACAUCACAUACUGUUACAUUACCUAAACUUUCUUCACAUCUCUCUGUAUGAAUACUGAAGUGUGUUUUCAGAAAUAAUGAACGUAAUGUUUGUGAUCGAGUACAGGACGAACUUUAUUCUCUGCAUGUAACAUCAUACUGUAUGAACGUUUGCUUUUACAUUAAAUCUGAAUGGCAAUGUU